AUGCCUCAUUUAUUCGUCACUAUAUCCUUCUUGGCGUCUCUCUUUAAAUCCCUCACGUCUUGCCGUACUUGCCUGCUCAUUCCUUACCUCAUCUCCUCAUUCCUUCUCACAGUUCCUUCGCACACCUCCUCACUCCUUCCCAAACCUCCUCAUCUCUUCUCACAGCUCCUCAUCCCUUCUCACACCUCCUUAUUCCUUCUCACAUGUCCUCAUUCCUUCCCAUUCCCAAGCCACUUGCAGGAUACUGCUGUUGGUGCUGCUGGUGCUCUUGAUGCUGCUGGUGCUGCUGAUGCUGCUGGUGCUGCUGAUGCUGAUGCUGCUGAUGCUGCUGGUGCUGCUGAUGCUGAUGCUGCUGAUGCUGCUGGUGCUGCUGAUGCUGAUGCUGCUGAUGCUGCUGGUGCUGCUGAUGCUGAUGCUGCUGAUACUGCUGGUGGUGUUGCUGUUCCUGAUGGUGGCGCUGCUGGCGUUGCUGGUGCUGAUGCUGUCAACCCUGGAAUUUGCAACAGCAGCAGCGGCAGUGGAAGCAGCAGUGAUGGCGAUGGUGCGUUCACCAGCAGUGCAAUGGGCAGCAGAGGAAGCGGUGGUUUCCUGGAAGGAGACCGAGACGACAUGACGCAACAUGGCUUUGACUUCUCCCAGAGCGGCCCGGAAGACGAGUGGGAGGAGGAGGAGAUAGAGAGUGUGGAGCAGGUGGAGCGGGCGGUGAGGGGGCGGUUUGGGGGGUUCCUGCGGACGGUGAGUGCGGAGCAUGUGGCCAAGCACGUCAAAGGCAAGCUGCCCGAGGAAGCCACCGGGAAGCUUCUGCGCUGGUGGACCGAGCAUGUCAGCUGGCCGUGUGUGUGCUCAUCCUUCUUUGGAUUGCCGUCCGCCCUCCCUGAAUGUGUUGGUGUCUACCCUUUCGGGAUGCAGGAGCAGGAGAAGCUGCAGCUAAUGGGGCAGACGGGGCUGGACUCGCGGCAGGUGAACAACUGGUUUAUUAACCAGCGGAAGCGGCACUGGAACCAGCACAGCAAGAGGCAGCGCAAGGGCGUGUAG